UUUCAUUUUCAUUCAUUUGGUGUUUCUUAUUUAUAAAAGCUAAUGCUUCUUGUUUCUAUACAUGAAGGAAAACCCUCACUCACUUAGAACCAAGCAAACUUUUUCUUCCUCCCUGACUUUCAAGAUGAUUUUGCAAUUGCCAUGUAGAUAUCCCACAAAUAUAGUUUAUACUUUAUACCUUCGCAUCACCAAUGAGUUAUUUAGGAAUUGUUAUUUACUAGUCAGGAGACUACAUUUUAAGAUGAAGGGCCAAGUGCUUAGUAACUGGAGAAGCUGUUGCAAUAAAAAAGAUCUUCUGAACACACCUCUGGUUCUGGUAUCCAUAUUGCUUUUUUUGGUUCAGCUUAUACAAAUAUUUUUUAAUCGCGGAAGAUGUUUUUCAUCUGUAACUUUUGUGAUGACAGAUGUAACUCCUUAUCAAUGUAAUCUCCGUCCAGAUGGCAGGCAAAGAGAUGCUGAUUAA